AUGCCACCAGCAUUAUCUACAAUUUCAUCUUUUGGUGAAAUAUUUGGAGGUGGUUCCCUAGGAUUCUUCAACAAUAAUACGCCCAAACAAUUGUGGCCACAAUAUGAACAUACAUUCGGAAUUGUCAUUCAACCCUUUGAACCACCAGCACAAUAUGCCGACUAUUGCAUUAAACUUUCCUUGGGAGAUUUAGUUCUCAUCAAGGGAGAAAACGAAGGAUGGUACAAGGGCGAAAGAUUCCCAAGUAUGCUCAAUCUUGCCCAUCCCUCUCUAAAAUCCAAAUCACCAUCAGGAGCCUCCUCGAGAAGGAAUAACAACAACAAUGGCCUCCUGGGUUCUAGUUCCCUCUCUGAUUCGGAUCCACAAAUUAUUCUACCACCACCCACUUCACCCAAUACUCUCAACAUGAUGCCGACCUCUCCAACAGGUGGUCUCCAACCAACCAAUUAUCUCUCAGCUGCUAUUGUGGCUGCUGCUUCAUCCACCAAUGAUAAUGGUGUUGGAAAUUGGACACAACAACACAAUUCCAUGAUAAUUACUGCAUCAGAUGAUAAGGAAAUUUCCAAAUCGUCAUCAUCCAAGAGAAGGAAGAAUGAUUCUAAUGGAGGUGAUCAACAACAGGACAAGUUGAACAUGACUUCUAAAGGUUUCUUUCCUGCCACUCAUGUGAUUCGAUUUGAUGGAAGUCCAAAUAAUCCCUUCUCUUUGAAUUAUCAACUCUCAACAGGUAUUGAGAAUAAUCCUAAUAGACAAUCAUUGGUACUCAACCAGGAAAUUACUCUAGCUUACAUUCAACAACAAUUGCAAGCCAUGGGUUCUUCACUCAACAAAAUUCACAAGCUUUUAAUUUUGAAGAGCCAAGCCCAAGAGUUGCAAAUUCUUCUAUCUUCUAACAUGAACAGUAAUAAUGGAUCACCAAAUAAUCCAUUCCUUUCUAAUGAAAAUAAUUCUAGUGGUGGCAGUACUCCUGCUGGUACUGUUAAUAGUGGAAAUGGAGGAGGUAUUGUUGUUCCACCUAUAACAGUUUCGUCCUCCUCUAACUCAUCACUCCAGGAUGAGAUGAAUAAUAAUUCAAUCAUUAGCAAUUCAAUUUUGCAAGAAACUGGAUUGACAAGUCCAAGACUUUAUGGAACAACACAACCACAAUCACUUCCAUCAAAUAAUUUAUUUCUUUCUAAUAGUGCAUUUAGCAUUUCGGAUAGUAAUUUACACAUGAAUGGAACUGGACACGUCAGUCCAACAUUUACUUCACCUGCUAAUCAACAUCAACAACAUCGAGCCAAAUCAUUUCGUAGAGGUUUAAUGAAUAGUUUUAGUGCUACCAAACAAAAAUUGGAAAAUUACAUUUCAAAAGAUAAGAGCUAUGAAUCACCAACUCCUUCAGAAAAGUCAGAAAGAAAGCCACUCACACCAACAGUGGAUAAGAGACAAAGUAUUAUCAAUGAUUCCUCAAAGAAUAAGAGAGCUAGUUUGAAUUUGUCAGGUAUGAACUUGUCAAAUGUUUUCUCAGCAAGUGCUAGCAGAGAAGAAUUUUCCAAUCAGAGAACUUCUUCCCUUGCAGAUAACAUCUUUUCCAGUGGUGGUAAUGACAAUGAUAAAUUACUCUCUCCAAAAGGUAGCAAUCAUGACAGAAAAAGAAGCCAAAGCAUUGCUUCCAAUGCAGCUUUUGCCAUAGCUCCAAAGAAUGCAAAUAUUAUCAUUUCGAAUGCAUUGAUAGCUCUUGGAAAUGUCUUUCCAGAACAAAUUUAUGCACAAUCGAACUAUUUGGGAGCUAGUGUUGAAAUCUUGCAAAACAUGUCACAACACUAUCAACGAGAAAUUGUUCCCUUCUUGGAGGAUAAUUGGUUCUCACCAUUUUUGGCUGUUCCUUUCUGCAAGUCCAUGAUUGAAACUGUGUAUGAGUGGAAUUUGAGUCACUUUGAAUCCUUGGUAACUCAGGAAGAUAACAGAGAUCGAUUCAUGAGAGUAUUCGAAAUUGAAGCUAGAAUGAUCAAUUAUCUCAUUGAUUAUUAUUCCUAUCAGAGGAGAGAAGAUUCGGAAAAUUACAAAUCCAGAAUGAAGGAAAUUCUCAAAUCUCAAGUAAGCUUGAGAGAGGAGGGGGCAUCUCUCUUUAGUGAAGAUGUUGUUAUUAAGAAGAAUGGCGAAAAAUUGUCACCUCUCAAUACUCCUCUCUUCGACUUGUACAAAAUGUACUGGGAAACUAUUGACAAGGAGGAGAGUAAUUUGGCCCUUAGCAUUUUAAAGACUAAGAGAAGAUCAUAUAGUAGAAUACCUGAAGGAAACUCUCAAUUGGCCAUAGAAAUUGGAGGCUGUUCCUACUAUUUGAAAGUGGAGUGGAGAUUUAGUUUGUUUGAUAUUUCUACCAAAUCAUUCCUUUCUGAAGAUUUGGUUAUUUUCACAUCGAGCAUGCAUCAUUCUAGAGUGAGUGUUACUGGCCCUGAAGAGGUUUUGAAGAUAGCGACAAAUGCAACUCUUAGACAACGACAAAAUCUCUAUGCACUCUUCAAGGAUGUUUCAAGAGCUUUCAUAGAGAGGGAACAAAUGCUCAUUCUUGUACGUGCCUUCAGAGUGGAGAGAGUUAAAUUGGACACACCAGUCAAUGGAAAGACCUUUUUGGAUUGCAGAAUACCUAUGGCGGUUGGUGUUUCACCAAAACUUACCAAGUCUGUGGUUUCUGAACUUGCUGGUGGUGUCACUCUUAAACAUGAGGUUACCUUUUUCAACUUCAAGAGCAAUGACAAUUUGGAUUCCUUCCUCGAUCAAGUAAUGAAUGAUGAUCAAAAUCUUGAGAGAGAGGAUAUUAUGGGAAUUGAUGUUUCACUCAGUAUGGUCACAGGAGAUUAUCACAAAGCAUACAAGCAAUAUCCUCAACUUUCUCAACUUCCUCUCGUUCCAAUGACAAGAUUCAGCAGUUCUAUCAUAUCGGACGAUAUUAGAAAUGAUAUCUAUAUCAAUGUUAAGAAUGUUCUGAACAAGAAUGUCAAGACUCUCUUUGUCGAAGCUAAGAUGUACAUAAAGGGCAAAGAUGGUAUGACUAUUCAAUGUGAUAUCAAUAGAAAGCAGAGAGUUUACAGAUCUGCUAUUGUGAGAAUGAAAAACCCAUCAUGGAGUGAAAUUCUGUUAGUCAAUGUAAAUUCUCAUCAACUUCAAUCUGCCAUCAUUGUAUUCGAAUUUUAUGUUGUAAAUACCAAGAAGAAUGCAUAUGAAAUUUCACCAGACUUUUUCGCUUACUUCCAUGUUGAUGAUGGAACCAGAACUCUAACACUUGGAAAUGAAACUCAAAUUGAUCCUCUUCCAUGCUAUGAUUUCACAAAGGGCUUUACGAAUAUUCAUGAAUUUGACCAAAAUGAACCAAUCAAACAAAAGUGUCAAAAGAAUGCCAAGCUCUGUCUUGCUGUUAAUGUUGUCUCUACUUCAAUUGCGAUCAAUCCUAAUCUGAGAGACUUUUUAAAGUGGGAUAUUAUGGAUGAAACUAACAUUCAAUCAAUUAUUAACAAUAUUGACUUCAAGACAGUCGAUACGACUAUAUGUUUCCGUGAGAUAAUGACAUCAUUCCUUGGAAUUGCCAACAAGUAUGGCAAACCAAAGACAAGUGAUUCAUUUGAAUUCAAAGAGAGUCAACUUUUACAGAAGGUCUUUGAAAAGAUUUGUAUUUUGUUGGCUCAGUUUGUUGAUUCUCCAGAAACAUCCAUCUCUAUCAUUGAGGAUUUCAAGAAGUCUCUUCAGUACAGUCUGAGUCAUCGUUUCAUACUUUUCUACCUGAAUAAGCAUUUUGAUUUGAUUAAGCUUGAUGAUAUGACUGUAGGAACAAAAGAAAAACUUAUACGUGCCAUCAAAUCUCUUAAUUAUUUACUCAAAAUUGCUGAGAGUUCCCUCACCAACUUUAAACGUAAAUAUCCACAAUUUGCUGAGGAGGAGUUGAGAUUUUUCCAGAAUGAGCUUUCUCUGAUAAAUGUAAAACUUAACCAGCUCAUUCAAAAGCCAGAAACAGAAACAAUAACAAUCUUCAAGUCUGUCAAGAAUGCCCUCUUUGAUACAAUGACACCAGACUUUUUCACAACAGUACGAGAUUUGUUCAAUGAACAUAGAUUAGGAAGAAUUAUUGAAAAGUUUUCCUCUGCCAUACCUGCAGAAGAAUCUUACCGAAAGUUACACUUUUUUGAUAAUAUCAUUUCCUCAGAACCUUUCCAAAAAGGAACACUAUCUAAAACUCUCUAUCCAAUAGUUUUAGAGGCACUUGAGGGUUAUAGUGAAUGUUUCCUCGAACCAAAAUCAAUAUCGAUCAUGAACAAGAUUAUUCAUCUCUUCAAAACUCGUAUGUCACACGAUGGCAAGUCAUUUAAGAGUACUUUUGGACUGGGUGAUUUGAACAUCUCCACAACUUCCGAGCAUCAAACGGAACGAAUGACUGUUGUUAGUGAGGAGGAAACUGACACUGCUCUUCUAAGCAAGGAGCACAGAGAGAAGAUGAAAGAAUGUGCCACAAGUUUGAUUGACUUUUUCGGUUUACUGAGCAUGUUGAAGGAGGCUUUUGAUGUUUCUCUGGAGAGAACAGAAGAAUUGGAGGCAGAAUAUUCCAGAGAGCGAACUGAACAAGAGACAGCCACUCAAACUUUGGAUUCCACUACUAGAGAUGCCAGGACAAAUAAUUCAUUGAUUGCCAAAAAAUUUGAACCAGAAAUCAACCAAGCCAAACGUAUCAGUUGUGAUAUUAUUCUCACCAUUGUUAACUUUUUAGAUCUUUUAACAUUCAAGGGAGUUUUGGAUACUAUCUUUGCAAAUUUGAAUGAAAAUUCACAACUUGCCGAACUCGAUACAAAGGACCUUCUCUUGGAUUUGAUUUCUAUUGUGCUAUCCAAGAAGAACCCACUCCCAAAGAAUUGGACACAACUCAACAUUUACCAAUACGGCACAAUUGCAAACAUUAUUCUAAUGAUUUUCCUAAAGUUGAAAAAGUACAUUACAACCAUGGAAGGUUGCUCCAUCACUACCAUUCACAACUUGUCACAAGAACGAUCCGUGUCAACUAAUUCACCUCCUGCUGAGUUUAAUGUUUAUAGAAUUGUUAAACUCUCUCAAUUGUUGGUUAGGCACUUGUUUGAUGCCAUCUUUAGUUUUGAACCAGAAAAGAUGCCAUCCUAUGACAGAAAACUCUUCCUCAGUCAAAACGAUACUCGUCACGGAAUUCUACAGGUCUUUUAUGAUUGUAUUUGGAGCUUUUCACCACUACAACUGCAAGAAAGUCUCCUUCCUGAUUUAAUCGAAAAGACAAUCAAAUUGUUCAAGAUUCAUGUCUCUGAAAUUGCAUCAGUGGCCAAGAAUUUAUUCUUUGAUUUAUUGAAAUUGGAGCAUAUUUCUAGAAAUUCCUUGUCAUUGUGUGAAGCUGCAACUGAAAGAUUUUUCAGUGAAGUUUCUGGUCUUGAAGGAGUUAGGAGAACAUUCAUUUCAUGUGUUGAAUCCAAGCUCAAAUCUUACAAGGAACUGAUGGUAGAAUUGUUGGGACCUGAGGCAGAGGAUGAAUUUGCAAACAAGAUGGAUGUUUUAAUGGAAUCUCUUCAUCACUUGCUCAAACAAAUUAGAGAUAUCGAGGCUGCCAGCACCAAUGAUCCAAAUACCAUGAAUUUCCAAAAUCAAGAAAAGUCCUUCAAGAACGCUCUCAAAUCCUUCAAGAAGAAUAGCAAUGUUCAAUUGUAUUUCAAGUAUUUGCACUUGUUGGCUAGUAUGCAGAAGAGUAGAAAACGUUAUAUUGAAGCUGGUCUUGCCAUCUUCCAACAUGCACAAAUGUUAAACUUUAAUAGUAACAUUGAGUUGCCUCUCUUCUCUGACAAUUAUCCAGAAGAGCCAGAGUGUACAAGAAAGAUUAAACUCUACAAGGAAGUUAUUGACUUGUUCGAGAAGGGUAAGGAUUGGGAAAGAGCCAUCUCUCUCAAUGAGGAGCUUCGUGUCAUUUACAAGAACAAGAUGAAUUAUGCCGAAUUGUCAGUGGUUCACUCAGAGGAGAGUAAGCUCUACAAGAAGAUUGUCACCUCCAUCAGAGAGUACAACAAGUAUUACUUUGUUGGAUUUUAUGGUAAAUCCAUGUCGAACACAAACUUUAUCUUUAAUGCUCAUCAUCAAAAACUUGCAGAUUUUGUCAACUUUAUCAAACUCAAAUUCAAGGGAGCUACUAUUAAGAGAGAAAUUCCAUCCAGUUUCGAUGAGACUAAAUUCAGAACCAGUGAACAGCAAGUUAUCUUUUUGGCCCCAGUUGAGCCAUCCAGUCAACAGGAAAUUAACUCUUUCAUGGAUGAAACUACUGGGGAGGAUAGUUUCAAAUUAUUAGAUCCAACUAUCUCACCAAAGAUUCAACAAUAUCACAAGAGUCACAAUAUCAAAGUUUUCAAAAGAGUCAAAGUUAAGAGAGAACAAACAGAGGAAAAAUCAGCAAGUGCUGGCAAUAUGGAUGAACCAAAACAAUCAAUGGAUGAUCAAGAUGGCUCAAUUUUCUUCUUUGCCAUCAAGAAACCAUUCCCUAACAUGUACACCAUUCAGGAAGUUCGUGAAAAGAAGCUCUUCAAAUUGAACAGUCUUGAAGUGGCCAUUUACUAUUUAGAAUUGAGAAUUCAUGCUGUUCAGGAAUUGGUCGUUAGCCACAAAUUGAAUGAAAGUAAUUUACUAACAGCCUCUCUUGAUUCUGAGCUGACUGGCCUAAUUGAUCCAAGAAUUCACGGAGGAAUCUACAAGGAUGUGGAACGCUACCUAUCACCAGAGGCUCUCGAAAAUCUCACUGAGGAAAAUCAACUCUUAAUUGAGAAAUACAAGACCAGACUCUCUCAACUUGCCUACCAACUCAAAGAAGGUCUCACACAACGUAGAAAACAUGUCAGUAAGCAAAAUCUCCAAAUGAGUGUCUAUCUUGAGAAGAAGUUUAAGAAUGAUUUAAUUCCACUCUUGGAAAAACAUUCCAUCAAUUGCAAUAUUUAAGAAAACAACAAAUAGUAACGGAGCAAUAUUCUUCUUGUUGUACUCAAUAAGAAUCGGAGAGAAAAUCAAAGCAACGAUACGGAUCAAUUUACUUGUCCUUCCAUCAUCAACAUGAUCAAAUAAUAAAAUAAUCAAAUAAAAACAAAAUGAUCAGCAAUAAU